AUGAAAAAUUUAAUUCGUUAUUUGCACACUUCAUCAACGCUUUGUUCAACAAAUUUCAAACAAUUUCAACUUAAUCCUCAAAGAUGGCGAAUUGAAGUUUCACUCGUUAUUUACCGGUUACCGAUAAUUGCUCCUCCAAUGACUGAAGCUGAAAGGAAUUUUGCUCAAUUGUCUGAAGUCAGGGAAAACCAAACGUCCUAUAAAUGUGAUUUUGAAUUGGAACUGGAAAAGGAUGCGAUUCUCUUGGAAAAGCGCAAAAAGAUGGAAGCUGAAGGAAAGGAUCUCAGUCAUCUAGACCAACAAUUGGGCGUUUCAAGCGUUCAAAAGCGCAUUGAAUGGAGUGAAAAGGCACAGAAGCUUAUUGAGAAGUACAAUCUUGAUAAUCCCCCAACCAAUGCUUCUAUGGAUUUUAAAUGUUUAAAACGCAAUUUGGAUAGGAAAUUGGUGCUAGCUGUCAGACAAAAAUUUGAAGAUGCUCAUACUGAUGAAUACGUCUCCCCUUGGAUUUUACCUCAGUUAAUGAACAAAAAAGGAGAGACUUUAAAAGAGACUGCCCUCAGAUUGCUUUCUUUAUCAUUGCCUUCAGAGGAUACCAAAAAUCCCUUUCCGUUUGAAUUUCAAAUGUAUGGAAAUGCACCAAUAGCGCAUUAUUUAUACAAAUAUACAAAAACGAUGCAGGAUAGGCUUGGAUUUGAUGGGUCUAUUAUUUUCUUUUACCCUGCCCAAAUUCUUCAUUCAAACAAAGCAAUUAAUUCUUGGACAGAAGUUGGGUUUAACCCCAAUAAAAUUGCUGAUUACAAAUGGUGUACUGGAGAAGAAUUUGACAAACUUGUUGGUGAUAGAAAUUAUAGGAAUGCUUUCAAAUCUGUUUUUGUUGAAUAAUAAUAAAUGUUUUUUUAAUUUACUUUGAUUCUUUUCAACUCGUUUACUUUCGAGAUUUUUAUUUUUUAAUUUUUUUGCUAUUUUUUCGCAAUUUCCGCAACAUUUUAUAAUUGAGAAACUUGAGUUUUAAUACUUUAUAGAGGUAAAUAAAAUUUAGUUGGCCGCUGUGUGGUAAGCAGUG